AUGGCAUCAAAAAGUUUGAGUGAAUCACAAUCAAAUAAGACAAUAUCAGAAUGUAAUGGAACAGAUCUUGAUUUUCCAUUAAGUCCUGGCGAAGCCGGAAAAUUUGAUUUCUAUCGUGUUCAUUUAAAUAAUCAAGGUUGUAACAAUGAUUCCAUGUUUUCCAAUGAUUGUGAAGUAUUUAAUUCAGUAACUGAAAUACCAAAAUAUUGGACACCAUUUGCUCAUAUGAAGCAUUUAUCUGAAUAUGGAAAAACUUCUUCUUCAUCGUCGGCUUUAUUUGGUUCAACAUCACAAUCAUCAACUGAUUCGGAUAUACCUAAUAAAAAACAAAAUAAACCAAUUCAAACAGUUGCAUCAUUUUCAUCAUUAGGUGAUGCAAUUAAAAGUGCUAUAAACCGAGGACAUUUAAAUUUUACUACAAAUCAAUUUCGACGACCAGCAAGUGGAACAACUUUAUCAUCAAAAGAUCUUAAUCAUUUAUCACCUCAAUCAAUGUAA